UUACGUGGCCGCGUGCAACUCGCUCUUUCAACAGCAGUGUGGGUGUGGCCCAACAAGAUGCUGACAUGGAGAGACCCCAAGAUACGAUGGUUGGUCUCUUUGGAGACGUCGUGGCAUUGAGAUUCCCUCCAAUGCCCGAACCCAAAGACCCCAAUGUAUUCGGUGCCACAUCUUACCUACCAGGCCUUAGCCCUGCAAACACCGAUUCUACUGGGCCCCGUGAAGUCGAUAGUCCAAUACAGCUCCGUUCAGCUGAUCGGGUUGGGGAAACACUCUCGUACACCCCGUUCUUCGAUUCCCCUGCCCCAAGCAACUUGAGCAGCGAUCAUCGAGUUGGCAGGACACCGCAUCUCCCCCCAGGCCAAACACGACCUUUUCAUGGGAUUCAAUCCAUGCCUGCUGCUCACUCAGGUGGGAUGCCACUCACUCCGGGAGCUCCCUCAGACUCAGCGCCACAACCUGUUGGAACACCAUCCUCUCCGAGUCUUCUCAUGCCUCCAUUGGAAUCCCCUGAAUCACCACUCCAUCGCUUCUCAACACAAACGAGGCAGUUGCAGAUAACUAACAAUGUUAGUACAAUCGGCAUCCUUGCAAGAGACCAGGAUCAGUCCUCUGGCACUGGAAGUCAAGGUCAGCCUGAAGAGGGUCAAGUUCCUCGAGGCGGCACUAGUUGGAACCCGAGCGAUGCUGCUAAUGCGCCUAGAACACCUGAACCAAUCGGCCGACGCACCAUAACGGACCUGGACUGGCAUGCGAUUUCGGCUUCACAUACACCUUCAACCAGCAGUCAACCACGUAACUUUCCGACUCCCAACAUUACUUUGUACAACUCACGGCACCUCCGCGCAUCCGAGCGAAGUGUCGACGAUAGCAGCCCCGAUACGCUGACCCCCUCAACCAUUGCAAGUAGGAGGAACGAUCAGGGCAGGCAAAGCGAUGCCGAACCAAAUCACCCCAAUUUCCGCGGAAGAUAGGUCACAUCAUCCAACAAGCGCAUGAACUCGUAGCAUGAUCAUCUCUUCAUGGAAUGGAGCUGAUCCCGACAUCUUACUAUGUCCAUGGACGUUGUGCCCCCCCAAGCAGGGACCAUGUUUAGUUCCUGCACGUUACAUACAAAAAGUGAAUGAUAGACACGUGUACUGGAUCUUUAGAUUCC